AUGUUGCACCUCCUCAUCUUUGCUUUGCUCUCUGCCACCGCAAUGGCAUCGUACGGCUACCAUGUCGACCCCAACUGCCAGGCUUGCCCCGCUUGCACGCCGACAGCGUCCUUUCUCUGGGCUACGGCCAGCUCUCCGCUGUGCCUGCUGACAAUCGCUGGCUACAUCAUGCUCCUCAUCUCGCCUCUGACCAGGGUGCUUGCUUCCGACUUUCUGAAACUCCUGGCCUACCUGGCGACCUCCUUCGUGAAGCUGGCAUGGCGCGGCGCUUCACCAGCGGACUUUGAGCGGCUCAAGCACUCGUACGACGACAAAGAAGUGCGACUGAUGCGCGAACGCGACCACGCAGAGAUGUUGCAUCAGCAUUCGGUCGGUGCACAGGAGCAGAUUACACACGAGAAUAAGCAGCUCAAGACCGACAACGCCCAAUUACGGUCAAAUUUGGGUGACACCCGAGAGCGUCUCGACCGAUUCCAGAACAAGAGCUCAACCGUCGCCCACCGCAAAGAGAAGGAGAGGCUUGAGGGCGAAGUGAACAGCGUCAAGAAAGAAGUUAGCGAUCUGGAGUACGAGCUGAGAGCCAAAGAUCGAGAUAUCGGUGACCGUGAUGCGAGAAUUCGCAAACUCGAGACUGCACUGGCCAUCAAGACGUCGGAGAAGGACACCGCUGACCACGCCGCCAAGGACGCUGCCGCCCGUGAGAAGAAGGUUCAAGAAGAUAACAACAAGCUCGAGGCGCAGCUCAGACAGCAAGCCGAUGAUCACCAGAAGGAGCUGUGCCCCAAAGACAAGGAGAUCUUGCUACACCGCCGAGUGCUCGACGUCCUCCACCAUCUCGCCGAGCAGACGGAUCCCGCCCAGCUCCCGGUUGCGGUUGUCUUCGCCAAAGCCCUUCAGAUGAGCAACGUGAGCCUGAUCGACCUGAAGAUUGAUCAGGGGAGGCUUGAUCUCCUCUGGGACUUCGUGCUGGCUGGGAUGGGUAACAACCUUCCUGUUCAGCCUCAAGCAACUGAGCGUGGUUUCCGCCUCAAGAAGCGUCCAUAUGUUCUGAGCGGCCUAAUGGCGCAGGGCACCUCGCUCGCUUCAAGUUACAACACGCCCGUCGACGCCGACAAGCUUCGCCAAGAGGUCCAUUCCUUUAGCGACUCCGGGUACGGAUCGGUUCUUCGUAGCUCUGUACUCGGCGUCGGGAGCCAGCAGUCUCUCGGCCAUGACCAGCAACACCAGGCGCCUGAUAAUACUCCCAAGACCUCUCUGUUCAGCAGCAUCUCCGAGAGUGCCGCUCCUACACGUAAACGCCAACUUGAGAGCAACACUAGCAACGAAAACUCCUUCAUGAGGCCUCCUCCUGACACCAACAACUCUACCAACGACAAUAAAUUCAUGAAAACCCCCCUAGACAACGGCAUUUCGGUCUCCGGAUGGGCCAAUCCCGUCAUGAAAGCACCUGUCGACGACACCGAUUCAGAUGACCAUCUCCAUAAAAAGCCGGCUUCCGGGAGCACCUCAGCGGGUAAAUCAAACCCAUUUGCGGAUCGUCUCAACGGUCUAAAUACCCCCGGGCUGAACCAUCCCUUCCUGAACCCUACUAACAGCGGUAUUGGCGUCCCCAGCAACGGCAAUGCAUCCACCAAGCCUGCUACCGAAAACAGUUCAUCCGGAAAUACCAACCCUUUCGCAGAGCGUCUCAAAGCUUUGAAGGCAUCACAGCAGGGCAAUUAUUUCAUGGAUACUACUGGUGCCUCCCCCUUCGCUUCUCUCGGCAGUAACAACAACAUCGGCUCUUCGAGCCCUUCCCCCUUCGCUUCCCUUGGCGGCAACGGCGCUGCGAUGUUCGGCGCCUCUCCCAUGGACAACGGCGCAGGUACUUCUCCAUUUUCUUCCCUCGGCAACUCCAACAUGGGAGCUUCAGAUGCCUCUAAUACUUCGCCAUUCGCCUCUCUCGGCGGCGGCAACAAUACGGGUGCAGCCAAUGCAUCGCCCUUCGCUUCCCUCGGCAACACCAGCACCGGGUCCUCAGGCGCCCCCGGCGGCGGCAACAACAUGGGUGCAUCUAAUAUGUCCCCCUUCGCUUCCCUUGACCACAGCAAUACCGGAGCUCCGAGCCCAUCGCCGUUCGCAUCUCUCGGGCACCAAUCCGGCAAAGGCAACCCCUUCAUGACGCCCCCGCGAGCGACUUUCGGCAGCACUGCCUUUGGCAACGCGCAGCCAUCGCAGACUUCUUCCAGCCCUGUUGGAUCUCUGGCCGAUAACCCGUUCCUGAAGAUCCGCUGA